AUGGCACCAGCGGAUGCUCUUCGCCAGGAUAAUAUCCUCGACCUUGCUGUGAAAGCUAUCCAGCCCGCAGGGGACAGACAGCCCAAUCUCACAACACCAUAUGAGGCUGUGGCUCUGAUCGGCCAUGCAUGCAUGGUAGCAGUUGACUUCAGACUGGUCGGUCUCGGUGAAGAUCACAACUUAGAAAAAUAUACAGAUACACCUUCCCUCCCCGCAGAAUGGAACGCUAACGAUACAUUUGCCUUUCGCUACGCACAUGCGCAGUCUUCGAUGCAAUAUCUACUCAAAGUGAGUCGGCUGGGGAAUAAUGCAGUCAUAUUUGCACUAGCCUUGGGCGAUGACCGGACUAGCUCGUUCGACAUUCCCACCAAAGACUACAUCUCCACCUCUGCGCUUCCUGUAUCUUCCUCAGCAAAUAUAACCGCAUCCCUGCGAGAUGUUUUUAUCUCGCCAGCUCGACUAGGCGACUUGGUGGGUUUGUUCAAAAUCAAUGUCAUCCAGAAACUUGCACCCGGUUUGUACAAAGAGGGGUAUGAAGAUCCAACCCAGCCGCCCAGAGCAAGGCUACAAGAAGAAAGACAACCGGAUAUUCUACAGGAUGGCUCCCUUCCCCAGCCUGCACGUCCACGCCCAUUCGAUGAUCCCUUGGCAGCAGCUCCCCGCCGAUCCAACCCACCAGACUUUGCUCCGCCCGGGUUCGAAGAUGAGUUUGAGAUCAACCGGCCCCCGCGAGGAUACCCAGGAUAUCCAGGAGGAAUUGGAGGCAGAAACCCAUACAACAUCGGGGAACGAGAUCUCUACCCGGCAGGGCUUGGUCCCCAUGACCCUUUGCGCGGACCUAUGGGCCCUGGCUUUGGUUCAGGUGGCGGGGGUAUGCAUCCUACAUUUGAUGACCCUCUCUUCGGCGGAGGAGGAGCUGGUAAUGGUGGAUAUGACCCCCGUGUACCUCCCGGUGCAAGAUAUGAUCCAGUAGGACCAGGUGAGCCACCUGUUGGUCGUAAUCGAGGACCCUUCGGUAAUAAUGGAAAUGGACGAGGUGGGGGCGGCUUUGGUGGGUUUGGUGGUGGAUUUGGCGGGGACAUUAUCUAA